AUGAAGAGACUAUCAUUGAUCUCUGUCAAUUCACAAUCGUUUUGUACAGGACCAAUUGAAACGUUUUAUAGCAACAAUGGACUAACUAAAACAACAGUAGACCAUAUUCUCAUUAGGAAUGAUCACAUAGACCUUGUCAAAUCUUGUCUUGUAUCUGAUGAUGAUUGUGGAAAUCUUUCAUUUCGUCGACCAAUUUUCUGUACUAUAGAACUAUGUGCAACAAAUAAAUUGAACAAUUCCAUACCAAAGCCUCCUCCAGCAUGGAAAAUGAUCGCUGUUCCUUCAGUUAGGCAAGCUUAUGAAUCAAAUGUAACUGCUGCUCUUGACACUUUACAGUUUGAAGAUUGUUCGCACGUUGAUAUUUCAUCAAUAGACGAUAUGCUAACAGAUGUAACAACUGCGCUUCAAUCAUCUGCGGAUCAAUCGAUCCCAAAAUUAAAAUUUAAAAGUCACCUCAAGCCUUACUGGAAAGAAGGUUUGAAACCUCUGCACAAAAAGUGUCGUCACUUUCGCAAGAUUUGGAUAACGCAGGGACGUCCGCGGGAUCCUAAUAACGCAUUUUUCCGUGCUUACAAGCAAGCCAAACGUGAUUUUAGAAAGCAGCUUAGACGAAAAGCCUAUGAAUAUGAGUCUAAAGAGUACGAAAGAUUUGAAAACAUUUUUGAUCAAGACAGAGGUGCAUUUCAACGCACCAUGUCAACACGACGCAAGGAUAGAGGACUACAAUCAUAUACUUUGAAGAUAAACGGAAAGACUAUAGAUGACCCGAACGAGUUACGCGAAGUGUGGAAGGAUCACUAUUCAGAUUUGUACAAGCUUAAAUAUAAUUCAAACUUCGACGCAAAGUUUACUUCCUAUGUUGAAAAUUGCUUGGUAGAUUAUGAAAUUGAAAGUCUAAAUGCGAGUUACGAUGCCCUGGACGCUGCCUUUACGCUUAACGAAAUUAGCAGUACGUGUGCACAGUUACCGAAUCGAAAGGCAUGCGGACCUGAUGGUCUGUAUUAUGAACAUGUUAAGUACGGGGGUCAAGCGGUCAUGAAGGUUCUCACCGAAAUACUCAAUGCCAUUAGAGUAAUGGAGGAAAUUCCUAAUGUUCUAGCUGUUGGUGACAUUAUAUCUCUGUAUAAAACUAACAAGAAAGAUAGGCAUAAUAAAGACAAUUACAGAGGCAUCACGUUGCUGAAUGUUGUCGGGAAAAUUUUUGAAAGACUGAUACUUAACAGAUGGAUGCCCUUCUUUGGUGAGAAAGGAUUUCCGAACAACCUGCAAUACGCAUAUCAGGCAGGAAAAAGCUGCCUUGAUGCUACAAUGUCACUGCAAGAAGCUGUUUUACAUAACAUUGAAAACGGAAGCAAAGUCUAUGGCUGCUUCUUGGACACAGCAAAGGCUUUUGAUACUGUGUGGAUCUCUGGAAUGUUUUAUAAAAUGUUCAAUCUUGGUAUUCAAGGAAAAACCUGGAGACUGCUAAGAAACUGGUACAGCAAGCUUACUAGUCGUGUCAUAUUUGAUGGAGCACCGUCUAGCGAAUUUCCUAUUCUUCAAGGUGUACGACAAGGUGGCGUGUUAUCGCCAUGGCUUUUUAUGAUAUUUAAUAAUGAUUUACCACAGGUUCUAAAUGAAUGCAACGAAAGUCUUUGGCUUAACAACCUCCGAUGCAACCCUAUUUUGGUUGCUGAUGACAUUGCCAUACUGUCGACUCGCGUUAAAGGCUUGCAAGUUAUGCUCAACUGUUUAGAAAAUUACAGUUUUAAAUGGCAUUUCGAAUUUAAUCCAUCAAAAACGACAGUAAUAACAUUCGGUGAAACUACACAAAUGCGAAACAGAUUAACCGAUUCAAGAUCAUGGACUCUGUAUGGAGUUCCAAUAAAAGAAAAACAAACUUGGCCACAUGUUGGAAUUGAGCUAUCAGGUAACUUUUCUAGCCUGAAAAGAACGCUUGAAGCUUGUGCUAAAGCCAAAUCAACAAUGGCAUGCCUUUCCAAUCUUGGAGUACGUCCUAAUGCCUUAAACCCAAUUUGUGGUGCCAACUUAUGGCGCUCUGUUGUAAUUCCCACUGCUCUUUACGGCUGUGAACUUUGGAACAACAUGACUGAACAAGAACUGUUAUCCAUUGAAAGAAGCCUACGCCAUAGCGCGAAGCGUAUCCAAGGUCUCGAACCUAAUACACGAUCUGAAGCGGCACUUGGCAGUCUGGGGUUGUGGUCUAUGGAGGGGCAGAUAGAUAAAGCAAAAUUGCUGUACUUUGGUCGCUUAUGUCUAUCAAGCGUUACAAUGACUGCAAAGCAAAUUUUUAUCAAUAGAUUAUUUUCGUAUCUCGCAAAUCCCACAAAGCAGAAACUUGGAUUCAUACCUGAUAUUGUGCGUAUCCUGAAUAAAUACGACUUAUUCGAUUACCUGGCAACAUUUGUACAUGAAUCAAUUAUUCCAUCCAAAAACAAAUGGAAAAAAAUAGUUCAAACGCAAAUAAAAAAUUAUGAGACCGAAAAGUGGAAAAACGGAAUGUUGCAUAAAGAAGAACUUUUCUUCUUUAAAGAAAUCCAUACGAACUUGACACCGUUAUACCUAUGGGAAUUAGCGAAACGUAACCCUUGCGAGAAACUAUCUAUUGUCAAGUUGGUUAAAAUUAUUUGCGGAAACGUUCCAAGAAUUUUUUAUUUGUGGACGACAUGUGAUCCCACUGUUCGGUGUACAUUAUGCCAAGCACAAAUCUGGAACAUCAAUUUUCAUUUUAUUAUGAUCUGUCCACACAAGAACAUUUGGCGGAAUAACUUGUGGGAAGAAAUAUCUGAUAAACUUCCGACAAAUGUUUUAGCUGCACUUCAUUCCAUGGACGAUGUAGAACUUUAUGUAAGCCUACUUGGUGGACUUAAUCCCAAUUUUAUUGGGAAUGUAAGCCUAAAAGACGAACUAGCCUUAAUUGUAGUAAAACAUAUCAGCAAAUUGUGUACAAUCACAGCUUAG